CAGUUAGUUGUUGACUACGUGUCUGGACGAUUGGUUGGCAUAAUGGUUGUGCUAUUUUGUAUGCUGUUCGUCAUCGGCUUAUGUCGUUGCAAUGAUCUUCCAUCAAAAACUGAAGUCGAGAGCUCAAUCAAUCGAACGAUUGACGAAGUCGAAAGAUUGAUUCGCCAAAAUUCUACUUUGCCAUAUCUCACCAGACAUGAGAUUAUUGACAUCCUUUUUAAUAUUACAUCCAAAAAUCUUGAGACAUACGAGAACAAAAGUACACACACAAUGGAGGAAGCAAGAAAUAUCUAUCAAAAAGCUUUAAUGGUAGUUUUACCUUAUAACGCGCGCGCAGAAGACACCAGAGAAAACAUCAAGGAUCUACAUAUCAAACCGCCAAUAGUUCAAAUAAUUGCGGAUCCUUCUCCCAAUCCGGAAGACUUUGAAGUGUGGAAGAAUAAGAAAUUAGAAGCAAAAAACAUACUCAUGCAAGAAAUGCAUAUACAACAUGAUAAAAAGGAACAAUCUCUCGAUAAUUUUGUAGUAACACAUGCUCCAAACAAAAACUUAGUAAAUGAAGAGAGAGAGAGCGAACACCCUGAACAAACACAAUUGUAUAGAAAUCACAAAGAAACGUAUUCGGAAGUGUCUUCGAAGGUACCUAUGAAAGAGACACUAAAUGAUUCAGCGCCAAUCAAAUUUAGCUUCAAUCUGGGAAAUCUGCAAAAGAGAGAGAGAGAGCAACCCCCUCCUACCAUUGUUUUUGAAAAACAAACAACUACCACUAGACAACCAAUAUUUCAAGGAUCUUCAUUAAUCAAAGACAAAGAAGUUUAUGUAGUAUAUAGUACCAGUGCAACAACAAUCCCCCCACGAACAAUAGAGACAAAAAAGUAUAUUUCAAUGUUUAACUUGGAACCGGAGAGAGAAAAAGAAAUGAUAUCUCGUCCUUUAAAAUAUGAUGAAAAUGUUUUGUCUGUUGAUCAAUGGCGAUAUAACGCACCAAUAACACAGAAAGAAAAAGAAAGUACCACAAUGUUAACAAAACUUGAUGAAACAGAUACGCUUUUUAAAAGAAUUCGCAACAAGCAACAGCUUUUUCCAACUGCUACUACACAAAUGCCAUUAGAAAAUAUAGCGCCGACUAACAAAAUUAAGUACAUUCCAGAGAAUUCAAAGAUAACAUCCGAAAAAAUACAAAUUGUGAAUGCUGAAUCAGCUCCCAUUUACGUGACACCAAUGCCCCUCUCUUCUCCUUUAUCUUUUAUUUCUUCUUCCACUUUGCCGGCGCGUGAGAAAGAAAAAUUAAAAUAUAAUUCUACUUAUAUAUACAAUUUAAACACUGGAGGUUUUCGCAAAAUCACAACGAUGCGUCCAGAAAUAAUGGAAUUGCUUGCUUCAAUUGGACUUCGACCGAAAAAUGCUACAAAUGUAGAAGAUGUAUUUAAAAAGAGUAAUAAAGAUUUAGAGAUAAAAUCCCGAAUUCCUAACAGUAACGGUUUAGUCUAUACAACUUCUCUUUCCAGUCUGACAGAUGUUGUGCACGAUUCAUCACCAAUAAACGCUCAAAACACUUUUGAGAAUCCUGUUUUAGAGAUCGGAAAAGGCAUGAACAAUCUAACACCUGAUGUACAAUUACUUUUCCAAAAAUUUGGUUUACAAACAUCUAAUCUAGUGACAACAACAUCGUCCCCGCUGAAGAUCACUAACACAAAUUCUUAUACCAACUUCAAACCUUUGCCAACAUCUAAGAUAAGAAACGAAGAUAUGAAAGAAUUUUUAGCAAAAUUUGGACUUGGUGUUAGCGACAGCAGACAGAAAAAGGCCAUGUCGGUAUCAACGGAACGUCCAUCGUUGAUCGAAGUCGUUCCAGAUAACAUGAGGCAAAUUCUGGAGAACAUAGGCCUCAUAUCUCGCAAGACAUCGGGAACAAUAUCAAAGAUCGAGAGUAUGGAACCAACAAAAACGACCCAGUUUCACGUGUUUAAACCUCACGAAGUCCGUGUAAAGAAUGAAGAGGAGAGAAUGAAAAUUAAUGAACUUUUAGACAAAAUUAGAUUAAUUCAGGAAGGAAAAGCAAACGCAACGGACGUACGAAAAGUAGCCGAUAAUCUGCUUGUUACUACAAAAACUUUAAAGGAUGGGCCGGAUCCGCUGAGUCUAGAAGAGAUGAUUAAAACUCUCUCUCACUCUUUUUCUUAUAAUGUAAAUGUAAAAAAUGAAGUAAAAAGACAACAGAAUCUGAAAGAAACUACUACCAAUGAUGAUCGAGCUCUUUCAGCGCCUACUGAAUCUGCAGACGUUUCUUUGACAACAACGACGACUAUGGCCACAAUCCCGACGACUUCAGAUUCCACAAAGAAUGGUUCAAACUUCCGUGAUGCAUUGGCACCAACUGCAGAGUCAUCAAUAUCUACAAAUGCAAAUCUUGCGGCAUUGGAAGAAUCCUUUGGUGGUACUACACGUGCACCGGAUCCUGUUCUGCCAACCAAACGAAGGAACGGCCUAUAUUUUCUGUUGGACUGGAAUACCUUCCUUGAGGUCGGCGAUGAAGAGAGCGAGAAAGUAAAUCUGAGAUUUGAGCCAAAAGUUGGUGACAGAACGAGAUUUUUGCCAGUCAGCGUGCCUUAAUUUACAAUAAUAUAUUAAUUUUAAUGAAAUAUUUUUUCUGAAGAACGUUAAUUUAAUUUAUGU